AUGGGUCAAACUUUUAGGAAGCUUUUCGAUACCUUCUUCGGCAAUCAGGAGAUGAGGGUCGUUAUGUUGGGUCUGGAUGCAGCUGGCAAAACAACGAUACUGUACAAAUUGCACAUAGGAGAGGUUCUCUCAACUGUUCUCACAAUCGGUGUGUUAGAUUUUUCCUUGAAGCAGAGCAUUUAG